CUGCCUUUCCUCUGUCUUGGUGUUGCUCUAGAUUAUUGUUGCCGACAAAACUGGCCCGUCUACUAUAUGCCUUUUGUCCAACCUUGAAGACUACAUGUGGAAGUCCUUGAGUGUAGUGUUGAAUCAUCGCAUUUUUGUUCGGCACAAGGAGCAGCCAAGGGUGACCCACCCUCAGACUAAUCCAAAUAUGGAUAGGUGGGGUGAAGCUGACAGCUGCAGCGGCGCAGCGAUCCCAAGGCCACUCUUAUAAGAAGCCACAUUUCGGCCAACCUACAUCACCCAGCUUCAUUUUAUCUGCUUUGCUCGAGUAAUUGCCCUCUCUAGGGUGCGUUGCUUCCGGUUUAUCUGACCCACUCACCAGAGGGAAACAGUGACAAAAAGAUGCCGUCCGUGGAUCUCGCUCAUGACUUGCCAGAAGAGGUUCUGGCUAACGUGGUAUCGCAAUGCGAAAGAGGCUCGCUUCUAGCACUGUGCCAGUGUUCAAAGACAUUAAACCGCCUAGCUACACCCUAUCUCUAUUCUCAUAUCAGACUUCGGAAACAGUGGAGCCGGUUUGGCGUAUCGGCUCACCUGCUCCCGCUCACCUGGCUCCUGCUCACGUCUGCACCGCACGCAGAGUGUGUGCAAUCAUUGGCAGUCCAGGUCGGGAAGAACGAUUGCCCGCCGGUAGAGCAUUUUGGUAAUGAUGUGACCGCGCCCGAGGGAUACUCGCCAAAAAAGCCAUGGGGCGUGCCAGACGGGAAACGACUUGAAAUGAGAUUGAGAGGUGCGUGCGGAGAGCACACGAAGAGCGAGGAAGAUGCAAAUGAGCUGUAUGAAUUGAUCAAGGGAGGGGAGAAGGAAGGUGCUAUUGUGAUUCUGCUCCUCACGCGUCUGCACAAUCUGCGCACCUUCGAUUUCUGCGAGUGCAUAGGAAGCUGUGAUGCAAUGGUUCGCGCGUUGGAGCUGGUUUCGGGGGGCAGCUGGGGCCGUUUGGGUGGGGAUAUUGAUCCUUCAACAAGCGUCGACGAUAAGACGACCGUUUCCAGAAAAUCACUCGCUAUUAUGGUCUCCGGAAUCGAAGUCAAGCUUCCCAAUAAUCUCAGGCACGUCCCUGCUUUCCUCAAAAUCCCGACAAUUCAAUCGCUGUACGCAUGGAAACCUGGUGAAUUCAGAGACGUGGGUGAAGAACCCAGGGACAACCCUUUUUACCGUCUUCAAGAACGCUCUUGUCGGACCGAAUACGUCGAAUUGCGACGCGCGAAACUAUAUCACACGCACUUCGAUAAGCUCAUGAAGGCCUUCAUACCUGGUACACUCAAAACCUUAGUCUACGAGGUUGGAUGCACCUGGGUCUGUGUAGUAGUUUCCCACCCAAGGAUCCUAAAAAGUCUGCGCCCGCACUACCAAACCCUGGAACGUCUAGAAUUGAGCCACGAGGACCGCUAUCAUCAGUUCGACGAUGACACCGACCAUCUUUGGCCCAUCCAAUUCACGAGUUUCACCAAUCUUAAGAAGCUCAAGGUAGCUCCCGUGUACAUAUGGGGUGUCGACGGCACAACCAUGGAAUGGAAAAUCAAGGACCCUUCUCUGAUAGGCAUGCUUCGCGAUGCGCUACCACCGACUCUAGACGAGCUCUGGAUCACAAGAGUAAACACCCAUGGCUACCAUCCAGAAUACAUCUCCGCGGUACUGAUACCCGCACUGUACUCUUUAGUCGAACAUCGCGAGUCGUUCCCGCUGCUGAAGAAUUUGUACAUCGCUUUCAACUCGAAUAUGGGGGAACUAGACUGGCUCAACGACAUACACGCUUUCGCGACCUUUGCGAGAUGCUACGGCAUUACACUACGCGCGAAGCUUACGGAUAAGGUGGGUCUGGAGCGUGGUUGGGGAUGGGAUGAAAGUGUGCAGUGGGAGACAUGCAACCAAAACUCUGGCAAUAACUUCCCGCUGAUAGUGGUCGCCGAAGAGAAGGAUAUGCAUGAAACGCUAAUGAACUUGGGAGCCAAAGUCAAAGAUAGGGACAGGGAAGAUAUCUACCAUCCUUCAGUACUGUUAAUUCCGCACGUAUCUCGGUGUCGACCAACGCUCAUUUCGAAUUCACUACUCCCAUAA